UGUUCAAGUUGAGAUACUAGGUUAUACACGCAAUCAAAAUAAAAGACACCGACAUAUCGAGGAGAAGCAGAAUCUUCGACUGUUUCUGUCAGUCUGACAUAAUGAAAAAUUCUUCGUUACCUGAAUAUUGAAUAAAAUUUGAAGAAAAAAUUUGAGAAAUUUAUGGUGCCCUCUGAGAAAGGAGAGAACUAAAAAUCGGAAGAAAUGGAGGGAAAACAACAUGACAGCAAUAAAAAACGAAAGCCAAGAGUAUCCAGUGGAGCUCCCGCAGAAAAACGAAAACGAGUGGAAAAUAAAGAAAAUUCUACACCGAACAGUUCCCAGAACACGAAAGAGACUAUUUCCACCGAUAGUCAAAAUACCUCAGCAUCGAAUAGAGAAAGUCAUUCAAGUAUAGACGCAAAUAAUAGAGAAACUAACAGUAAAAAGGACGUAAAUAAUUCACAACAGUCUGCGCAUUCCUCAAAUGAUUCUCUUAAUCAGCACACGAGCAUACAAGCUAUCAAUGACGAGAAUUCACAGAGAACGAGUUCAACUGAAGAGCCAAGUCCCCCAAAAAACAGUCAGGACACGGAGCCGUCGCCAACUGGAACUCAAUCCGUGGAAGACGUGGUCUGCACGAAAAUCUCUCACACGGAAAAAAUUCCGGAGACUCCCCCAAAAGAGGAGAACGGAAAGAGGAUAAAGUUCAGGGAUCAGAAGGAAUUGAAGAAGAGAAAGACUGAGGAAUCGACAGAUCAGGACGAUCCCCAGACGUCUGGGGAGGCCUCUCAGAAGGCCCGAAGGAGACGAAGAUGUAUUUACGGCAGCAAAUGUUACAGACGAAGUUCCGAUCAUCUAGCCGAGUUCAGUCAUCCUGCAGACGACGAUUAUGAGAUGAAGAACGAGCGUCCAGAGUGCAAAUUUGGUUCUAAAUGCUACAGGAGAAACGCCGAGCACUGGAAACAAUUCAGCCACCCAAAAACACAGAAAAGACGUUCGACAACCGCCAGAUCCCAGCGUUCAGAUGACUACUCCGAUGCUUCCUCGGAGGAAGAAUCCGUCGACGAGUCCGAAUUCGAUCCUUCGGGACUCGAUGAGAGUACAGAUGAGGAGCAGGAAUAUGAAAGCGAUUUUUAAAUCUGAUAGAAAGAGCUUCGUAUUGUAAAAAUCGUACCUGGUAUACACACAUUUACAAAACAUGAAUGAUUUUUAGACAAUAAUUACUCGUAGCUUUU